AUAUACGAGCACGCCUAUGUAUGGUAAUAUACGGCUGGCCGCCCCGCGAUGUUAACAACAUGGGGCAAGACGCCUAUCGAUGGAAGUGUGGACGUAGUUGGGACAACCACAAUAUUGCCUGCUGGUAGGUCCCUGGAUCGCAGUACACUGAAGGCGAUAGCGUGCUGUUUUAGAAUAGUGUGCGCACGAAGUUGCAUUUUACUAAGACAUUGUACUCAUCCGAGCUUUCGGACAAGUAUGUAACUCGCUGCACAAAUGCGAGUAGCGGUUAAUUGCGUCUCAGAUGCCUUGGCGCGUCCAUCCCAGGAAUCUCUGAAGUGAUUCCAGUAGACGUAUGCGCCCCUGGGUCACGAGACUCAACUUAUCACCGUUGCGAUGUGGGGCCGAAUUAAUGCAAUCUUUGCAGUAACAGACUAUCGGUGUAUGGGAAAUGAUCCUGCCUUAGGAAAGCAAAUAGCUACCAGCACUUUAUUCAGUUUUUUGUUGAACAUGUUGGAAAGCGCUUUUACACCACAUAUAAUCAAACACUUCACAGUUCACAAAAGACCCCGAACAAUGCGUAGCUUGCAUCUGGCCCUCAGGAAAAGCAAAAAGCGGUUAAAAAAACUCCCUAAUGGGCACAAAAAGUGGAAUAUAUAUGAAGCACACUUCUAACUUGUCUAGCAGGAGGCCCAGUUCCCUGGAAAUAAGUACAUAACGCUCUUCCUGACCCACAUUUGGAUUACGCUCGACUUCCAGUAUAUUUCUGUAAUGGUUAUGGGAAAGAUUUUGUUUUGUUUUGCAUUCAGUGCUGGAGCGACGGACGUUAGUUCGUGUGCGACCCGCUUUUUAACCAACUUUUUCUCACAAUUAUCCCUACUCGCUUCCUAUGUAGGGCCUCCCUGUAAAGCGACAGGUCCAACUGGCACGUCUUCUUGUGGGACCCGAAGGGGCAAUCAAUGACAUUUCAAGUUUUGCUCGGAAGUAUGCCCUUCGACUGCUUACUGCAAUGCUGGUCCAGAGCCCGGCUGCAAAGGUGCCUGACUACUAUACGCCCUCUUUCCACCAUUCCUCUUUGAAAUUCAAAUACGAUUUUGGCGCCGAACACAUUCGCCGUAAAAACUCUUCUGGCGCAUCUCGGUGCAGUACGUGUGAUAUUGGUCAAGACUUGCGCUUUUUCUAGUUGCAGGUGUUGACGGAGGUUAUAACAGGCUAAGGAAGGCAUCAAAAAACCCGAAAAGGGAGCUAUCUCUCCCGCGUGCCCUUGUUCGUUCACUCGAUCCACUCGAUCGUUUUGUAGCUCGCCAGUUUGUGAUCCUGCUGCCUUCACCGAAGCCUCUGUGUUAUGGGUAACCAUGCAGGACAGUGCUGGAGAAAUGCUACCAAUAAAAACAAGGAAGGCUAGAACUGCCAUUUCCGGUAUCCUCCAGCGCUAUUCCAAGUUCAGACUGAGCAGAUCUGCAAUUUGUCCCCACACCGGGCUAGUUGGUUAUUGAAUAGUCUAGCCACGGGCUCACGUCAUGUCGGUCGCAGUCGAAAAUAUCCAAAUUCACUUGAAAGUGGUUCUUCGCACCGUCCUGAUUUCAGGACGAAACUUGCCCGCUCCUUUUCUGCUUUGGGGUUUCAAACUAGAGCCCCCACGGAUGGUUGAAUGGCGACAAGUGAUUAGCAAUACGAAACACUAACAUCAAUAGAGGUAAAGUGGACUGCAGUGGCCAUACUAGGCUUACUUAAUGCAUCAGUCAGCCGCUUUUAAACUGGUUUUAACAUGCGUCCUGCGGCUUCUGUAACGUUCCUUAUAUAGAUUUCCGAUGUCACCUCUCUAACAUAAAAACUUUGUUAACUAAACUGUGAGAAUAGCAAUGGAAGAGGAGAAGAUUCCACAAUUCAUUCUUCCGUUCAUUCGAUAGAAACUUACGUUUUCUCCCAAUUUUAUUCUCGAAAGACGGGUAUAACUCGAUUUUCAAAAACUUUUCCAAGUCCCGAAUAAUUUUGAACCCGACCUGUCAUUACACUUGCAUUCGCGGUUUCCAAAGUACAAGCCGUAUAUUUUCCGCCUACAGGAAACCAUACAUUUCCUUACGGUAUUAAUAGAAGAUUAUCUAGGGUUCAUAGAAUUUAGCAGUUGAUUUGAGCUAUAUUGUUAACUUUACAAGCCACAUUGGCAAAUGCAAAAACAUGACGUUUUAUAAACGGCCAUUUCACGGUACUAAAAAUUCUCACAAUCAGAAACUUUCAGGAAAGCCAUUCCAGCCUCCCUUGUCUUUGUCGGUAAUAUCAUUCUGCCUAUAUCAUGCGCCGCUGCUCGGCUGCUGGUUGGGCUCGAGAAAGAGUCCAUAAGGCACAACAGAACGAGUAAGUUCCGUAAGAAGGAUCUGUGAGCGCCCCCAACCAUUAUAUAUAUAUAUAUAUGGUAGGGGACGCUCACCGAUCGUGAGUUCGAGGCUCGGGUGUUCCACACUUCGGGCUUGGGUAUGGCCGGCUGACGACGGCUAAUAAGCCAGAAAUGGCCAUUCCAGUCUCCCUACAAUGCGGGUCCUGUCCCAGGCGAAUUUGUGUCCGGUUUCCAACGUAUGCAUGGCAACUUGGGACAAGUAGUCUCGCCUUUUUACGGCCAACUGAUGUUCGUGUAUUCGUGUAGAGGCCAUCCAUUCUGAUAACGCAUGCAUCAAUAGACACGUAGAAUUGGAUACGGUGUACAACAGCCUCAAGGAAAAGUGGAAAAGGCAUUAGCCAAUCAGAACAAGACACCAGCAUAAAUGACAAGGCAAAAUCGAUUUUUUGGCAUGUUUCAAUGUUGACUGUUUUGCACACUUAUUCCACGUCUGAAGACGACUUGGGGAACCAAGAUCGAAAAUUUACAAUAAACCUUGUUAAUCUUUCCCAAAUAGCUUAUUUCUUUCGAAUUAUGAUUCUUGGGAUGCCUGUGUUCAAAUUCAUAUAUAUAUAUAUAUAUAUAUAUAUAUANCGUUCCAAAGUGUCGUUCCCCCCCCCCCUCUUCCCCCUCCAAAUAUGACCGGUUGCGCUGCCUUCGGCUGAAAUAAACUAGUGCGGUCUGUUAAAUAUGCCCGUCUCGGCGGGCGAGCGAGCGUUGAAUCUGGGAAUUCGAGAAAGGCUGUUUUAUUCGUUCCUACGCAGUCGUCGAUUAAGUAUAUACUAAUUCAGCCUGUCUUAAGCUUCGUAGAAUAAUUUGACUAGAAAAUUCUUUCAUUUAGAUCGUUGUCUUUUUCAAAUUUAACCGGUGUAGGUACUUAGAGUGUUGCGGGACAUAGUACGUGCGAACCCUGUCUUUAGUUUACCACAAGCCUGUCGUUAGAUAAACGCCAGGCUACUACUUCACUAAAGAAUGGCCUGAGGUUGAAGCCUGUUAACUGUGCUCUUCCUUAAGCAUUUUCUCACCCACUACUGGCAGAUGACGUUUUUACAUAGGGAUGAUCGUCAUGGUCACGAUGCGUUACUUUCGCCUCAGUUACUGAGCGGUAACCAAGGGACGAUUUUCAUUAAUGUCAAGGAGAUUAGAUCAAUAAGGGUUGUAGAAAUAUAUUUAUAUAUAUAUUGGAAAGCACCGCUCUAAUAAAGAAAGUUAUCAAUCAGGAGUGAAAUACCCCUUCAAAUUAUUUUCCCACAGCGGGUACCCGCGCGACUUUGUACGCCAUUGUAUGAAGCAUGAGUCUAAACAGAAAGGUAUUUCUAAAACUACAGCCACCCGGGCACCAAAAACCUUCACCUGACGAACUCUCCCAUACGUGAAAAAUGUAUCUGAGCUCGUCGAAAAAUGGCUGAAAAAGCAUCAGAUACAAGUUGCACACCAACCUGUAACCACAUUGCGUACACAACUUGUACACCCUAAGGACAGGGUUGGCUAUCUCGAUAGAAAAGGUGCCGUCCACAGGAUCCCAUGUCCCAGUUGUGAUGCCGUCUAUUGUGACCAGACUGGGAAAUUUAUUGUAACCCGCAUACUUGAGCACCAGUUAGCGCUGAAGAGACGAAAUCAUCUAUCCCAGGCGGCUAUGCACACACUGGACACAAAUUUGCAUGGGAGAAGACUGGCAUUGUUGGCGUCUGCCCAAUAAGGUAAGGCCGCGAAUUUCUUGAAGCAAUACACUCAGAUAGGGCAUGCAUAAAUCGGCAUAUCGAUUUAGAUGCCACUUAAAAAUUUCUCAAGGAUAGAUGGAAGCGAGCGCAGCCAAUGCCGAGGGGGGGACGAAGAACCAUUGACGCGCAUUGGCGCAGGCUUCGGCCAACCAUAGCAUCACUUGCUCGUUACGGUUAAAUAGUUAACUGUUUUUGUACAUAACCCAGAAUCUGACGACGAGAUGGGGAACCAGUCUCGAAAAUUUACGCAUUAAAGUUCAUUUUGUUCCCAAAGAAUCUUAAUUAUUUUUAAUAUAUAUAUAUAUAUAUAUAUAUUGUUAUGCGGGUCAGACCGUUGUCGCUGUUUUCAGCAAUUGUCCGAAAACAGAAAACUGUUCACGAAGCUCCUCUUUUGUUCUCCAGCUCACUGCAGACACUUCAGUCGGGACGAGUAGCGAGUUGAGCGGCAGUCAAAAUAACAGCGCCAUGGAAGAGGAGGCCGGUCUGGUUGGUGCUGUGGCGGACGACGCUGAGGCCGACUACAUUCGUAGGGUAUUGGACAAUGAGGUCCUUUUGCAGCCGGAUCACAUGCUGGCUCGACUACUGCCACUUGUAGUCCAUGUGUGCACUCACCAGAGCAAGUUCUCCGAUCCUGACCUUCAGGUGCGCCGUUUCUUCACGGCCGUCACCGCGGUCCUAUUCGCCGCCUCGCGUAUAUUUUGUCUUGUUUUUUUUUGUAAUUCUCGUACCCACCUUUCAUGCUCUUGUUAUAUCAUACCCUAGGCUGCCGCAUCGCUGGCCCUUGUGAAGUUCAUGCUGGUCAGUGCUGUUGUCUGUGAACGUCACCUGCAAUUGCUUUUCACCCUGGCGGAGAGAUGUCCCUCCGAGGUUGUUCGCGCAAAUCUGGUUGUUGGUCUGGGAGACUUGGCACGUCGUUUCCCCAACCUAAUAGAACCGUGGACGCCAAACUUGUACGCUCGUCUGCGAGAUUCCUCUUCUAAAGUGCGCAUAAAUGCCCUCAACACUCUUAGCCAUCUUAUUCUCAAUGAUAUGGUCAAGGUGAGCAAGAACUGCUUAUAGUUCAUGAUUUGUGAAAAUAUGCAACAAUUUACUCAUUACUACAUUUCACGGCCCACCUCUCUGCUGAAUUGUAUACAGGUGAAGGGUCAGAUCAGCGAGAUGACGGUGUGUCUUAUAGACGGCAAUGAACGCCUCAAACAAUUGUCUCGCCUGUUUUUCCGGGAAUUAUCACAGAAGGGGAAUGCCCUCUACAACGUAAUGCCUGACAUAAUCAGCCGCCUCAGCGACCCAGAGGUUGGCGUAGAGGAGUGCAAAUUCCGGCAGAUUGUUGAGUAA